AUUAACCCGACAAGAAACAAACAACACCAGAAACAACAGCAACAACAGCAUCAGCAUAAGCAGCAUAAGCAGCACAGCGACAACAGCAGUAAUAAUAUUAGCAUGCAGAAACCUAAAGCGUCUUCCGACUCCCACACGUCCAACAGUUCGACUCAAAUUACAGAAGAACAACGUGAAGCAAGCAAUGCUCUCUUUCGGCGACUCUUGGCCGAUCGAAAUCGGACUCUUGAUGAAUUGCAACAGACACAUGCAACACUUCAAAAGAGCAUUCCAAAACUACUUCGAGAAAGCGAGUCGGGAGACAAGGACAGUCCAAAGGAAAUUCCAAAUACAAAAGCAACUUUGGCAUUUGCAUUGUUUGGUGAUCUGAUAGAUGAAUGUAUUUAUGAUGUCCUGUCUAAGGUUCACCGAGAUACAAAACGUUCUCUAGAGACAUGUCAACUGUGUCAAACAAAGUGCCGGUCCUAUGUUGUGCGGCCCAAUACAGAUAUAUUUGGAAACCAUUACAAUGUCAACAACUUACCUUCCUACAAGUGCAUGAAUUGUGAGAGUACAAUUGCGUCCACAAGAUAUGCAACACAUUUAGAGAGAUGUUUGGGGUUGGCCGGAAGACAAUCGGGCAGAGUGGCUAGUAGAAGACUGGGAUCAUCACCCAACCCUUCAAAUGCAUCAGAUGAUGCUGGAAGUUCGAAUGAAUAUGAUGGACCAAUGUCAGACAGAAAAAGGAAGAAGACCCCAUUGGCAUCUACAAGUGGGUCUUCAAGAGUAAAGAAGUUUAUCCUGGCUGCAAGGUUAGCUAUUAACAAUAAUAUAUAUAUAUACUCUGUCACUGUUACUGUUAUUAUUGUUCAACAUAGUGUAUAUGGGAUUUUGGGUGUGCCGGUGUGUUUUGUAGCUGUCUUGUUGCCUUUUGUAGAAAUAACUGCUUAUUUUAUUAUGUGGUUGGGGUUGGGCAGCCAUAUAUGGGGAACAAAGGAAACCGCUGCUUCUCACUCCUAA